GAAUGCUCCUCUGCCUAGCAACAGAUGACUCCCGCUCUUCCACCCAUCUGAGCAUUAAAUUUGGAGCUACCCUUAAAACCUGCCGGCAUCUCCUCGAAACUGCAAAGGAGAUGAAGGUGGAGGUUGUGGGCAUCAGUUUCCACCUCGGCAGCAGCUGCCCUGACCCCCAGGUCUUCACUCAGUCCAUAGCAGACGCUCGCCUGGUCUUUGAAAUGGGGGCAGAAGUGGGCUACAAGAUGCAUCUGCUGGACAUCGGAGGGGGCUUCCCCACUUUCGAAGAGUCCAGGGGCCGCUUUGAAGAGACAGUGGCUGUGGUCAACUCUGCCUUGGAUCUGUAUUUCCCUGAAGGCUGUGGGGUGGAGAUCAUUGCCGAACUGGGGCGCUAUUAUGUGGAUUCGGCCUUCACUUUAGCAGUCAACAUUAUUGCCAAGAAGGAAGUAUCCCUGGACCAAGUGGGCUCUGAAGAUGAAGACCCCGGUGGCAAGAAGAGCUUUGUCUACCAUCUCAACGAUGGCGUUUACGGCUCCUUUGGCUCAGUCAUCUUCAACAACGCUUGCCCUGUACCCAUCCUGCAUCAGAAGCCCUCCCCGGAUCAGCACUUGCACAGCAGCAGCUUCUGGGGUCCAACCGGCGAGGCCCUGGACCGCCUUGUGGAGGGGGUGGAUCUUCCUGAACUCCAGGUGGGCGACUGGCUGGUCUUUGAAAACAUGGGGGCUUAUACCAUGCCCCCCUCCGCCUCCCUCAACAGCGGCCCACCGACACGGAUCCACUACGCCAUGUCCAGGGUGACCUGGGAAGCGGUGCAGCUGCUGUGGGGGAAGCUCCUCCACGCUGAAGAGGAAGAGGAAGAGGGCCGGGAGAGCACCUGCACCCCACUGUCUUGUGGCUGGGAGAUCACCGACUCCUUGUGCGCGGCCCCUGUCUUCACCCCAGCCAGCAUCAUGUGAGCGGAGGAGGCCCAUCGUCCACCGCAGGCACCCUCCUCCCGUACUCUAGCCUCCCCUUCACAUCCACCUCCUCUUACACCCUGGAAUUGGGUCUCUUGCUGCCCUUUUCCUCUCCUCCAUUCCUCUCCCAAAGAAGCAGUGCGGUUUUUAAGUAUGCAACAUAAAAUCCUGUUCCUCCUC